CGCGCCUGCGGCUCCCCGGACGACCCUCUCGGGAACUGGGGCCAGCCGGGCACGGGCACCGAAGGCCUCGCCUGGUAUCCCACCGACUUUCUGCGGGACGUCACUCCGGUGCCCUGCCAUUCCCACAACGACUACUGGCGCAGGGUCCCCGUCUUCUCGGCUCUCCAUGCUGGCUGCACCAGCGUCGAGGCCGACGUCUGGUUGCGCGAUGGCGACCAGCUUUGGGUAGGACACGACAUCGCAGCCCUGCAGCCAAACCGGACCUUCACCUCCCUCUACGUCAACCCUCUGGUUGAGAUUUUGACGAAGCAGAACCCGUCGACCGAGUUCUACAAUGCCUCUCGCUGCGGCGUCUUUGACACGGACCCUGGCCAGACUUUGACCCUCCUCGUCGAUCUGAAGACGGACGGCCCAGAGACGUGGCCGUGGGUCAUGAAGCAGCUCGCCCCUCUACGCGAGCGAGGCUGGCUGACCUUUAUUGAAGAUGGCGAGAUCCACCUCCGCCAGGUCACCGUGGUAGGGACCGGCAACACGCCGUUUGACCAGGUCGUGGCCAACGCUACCUACCGAGACGCCUUCUUCGAUGCCCCCCUGGAGCGGCUUGAAAAUUCGCCUUACAACUCUACAAACUCGUGGUAUGCCAGCGUCUCGUUCUGGCGAAACAUCGGAAAUGUCUGGUGGACCAAUGGGCCGACGGGCGCGCAGCUCGAUAAGAUCCGGAGACAGGUGCAGGAAGCCCACAAAAGGGGGCUUCUUGCGCGGUACUGGGACACCCCCCCAUGGCCAAUCCACAUCAGGAACCGCAUUUGGGAGGUUCUUAUCGAGGAAGGCGUCGGCAUUCUCAAUGUCGAUGAUCUAGAGUCAGCAACGAAGCGAGACUGGACCAAGCAAAGGUCCUUCUUCAAGUGGCUGGGAUUCUGA